UAUUUUCUAUUACAACGCGGAUUUCAAGAUGGGCUCCGCUCAAAGUAAUGACAGUGGAAAUAACGAAGAAAUUAAAACUUGGAUUGAAAAUGAAAUAACAUCCAAUCUUGUAGUAGUGUUUUCAAAAACAUAUUGCCCUUAUUGUCGUAAAGCAAAGAAUGCACUAAAGGCAGCAGGACUAGAGAAGUACACUUUACACGAACUUGACAGAAGAGACGACGGUGAAAAAAUUCUUGACAUUUUACGUGACAUGACUGGUGGAAGAACAGUUCCUCGCGUAUUCAUUAAUGGAAAAUUUGUCGGCGGAGGUUCAGAAGUUGAAGCAAUGCAAGAGAAAGGUGAACUAGUACCACUUCUUAAAUCAUGUGGAGCUUUAUAAACAUCUUUAACACACAAUUGGGCACAAUAUAUUUAUCGAAUAAAUGUUUAAAUGAAGUUAGGAAAGCUUUUUACGUCCAGUACUUAGGUAAAAUUGUAUCAACAUGGAUAAUUCUGACAAAGUAAGAUCACAACAAUUUCCCCUCUCACAUCUAUUAUUUUACUACUUGUUGAUUAAAGAUAAAAGCACUACACAAA